AUGGGUAAAGUUCACGGAUCCCUUGCCCGUGCGGGAAAAGUCAAGUCUCAGACCCCCAAGGUCAGUUCGCUUUUUAUUCCACCUUUGCAACCCUCUCGAGCCCGUCUUCUCCCAUCUCACGGCCAGAAAUCUAUUGUCGAGCCUCAAGAGAAGAAGAAGACCCCCAAGGGUCGCGCCAAGAAGCGCCUGCAAUACACCAGACGAUUUGUUAAUGUCACGUUGACCGGUGGAAAGCGGAAGAUGAACCCGAACCCUACCACAUAA